AUGGCGUCCGAACACACGGCUGCACGGGCAAAGGUCAUGCGAGCAGUGAACGCCAUGUUCGAGCGCUACCAUCUAAUCGCAGCCAAACUGCCCAAAAAGCGCAUCGAAUGGGAUGACGAAGUAAUGCGGAAUGCAAAGCUUAUCGAUGCUUCACCUUCCGGCCACGUCGUAUUCCAUAUCGACAUCACGCCUCACUUUGCAAACAUAAACGGCGUCCUCCAUGGCGGCGCCGCGAGCACAAUCUUCGACAUGCUCACGACUAGCGCGCUAUGCCCACUCGCACGGCCGGGGCAAUUUACGUUCCUCGGCGGGGUGACGCGCACGCUGAACGUUUCGUUCCUGCGCGCUGUGCCGAUUGGCACGACGGUUAGGGUGGAGGCGACGGUGACGCAAAUGGGGCGCACGAUGGCGAUGAUGAGGGGCACGAUGGGUAGUGUGAAUGGGAAGACGGUGUAUGCGACGGCGGAGCAUCAUAAGGUGAAUGUGCCAACGCGAGAGGCGCAUAGUGCGGUGCGGGUGGCAUGGGAUGAGGAAUUUGAGAGGGAUUCUGGGAUAGGGGGAAGGGCGAAGUUGUAG